CCCAAAGAUCCUCCCUCACUAAGCUCUGUCAGUUAACUGAAGUUGUCAGGCUAUGACAAGAUGCUGAAAUUUUUGGGUAAAUAAAUAAAUCAACAAACAAAAUCAUAUACUGAACAAGUUUACAAAUUGUUUAUUAUUAUUAGAAAGGCCUACAUCUAAAUAUCUCACCAAAAUGAGUGGCGUGUUUACGAAAUUUCUAAGUCUUCCUUUUCAUUUUCCUUUGGUUCGUGGUAUGGUGUCGUAUGCGAUAAUAUGGCCGACCUGCAGCAUCGUUCAAGAAUACCUGGAGAAGGGCACUACCCUGGAGAACGCCAAUUGGGGACGAGCCGCACGUUUCGGCGUUUUCGGCACUUUCUUUAUGGCCCCAGUCUUCUACGGCUGGUUAAAGUAUUCAAGUAGAUUUUUCACGAGAAAAGAUUUGAUAACGGCCAUGACAAGAGCGGUGGUGGAACAAGUAUCCUACUCUCCCUUAGCUAUGGCGUACUUUUUCUUCGGCAUGAGUGUCCUCGAAGGUAAACGCUACAAAGAGUGCGUGAAAGAAGUGCAAGAAAAGUUCUGGCCGACCUAUAAGGUAGGAGUGAUUUUCUGGCCGACAGCCCAAACUCUCAACUUUUACUUGGUCUCGGAGAAGAACAGGAUGGUCUUCGUGAGCGCUGCGAGUUUCGUAUGGACAGUAUACUUAGCACACAUGAAAGCUAAAGAGCUAAAGAAUGAAAACUUUAUAUUGGAAUCUCAAUUACAAGUCACUUCGAUGCCUAAUAAGACUGUCCCGUUAGAACCUGAUACGCUAAUACCAAUAGUUGCUGAAUUAAAUUCAGAUUUGAAUGAUCAGACUGCUGUGGUUGAAGGUCAGGGCGUGGAAGAGGUUAAUGAUAAUAAUCCAAUGCUUGUGUUGGAGGGGAACUCUGAAGCUUUAGAAAAGAAGCCAGAACUUGUGUCCGAUAUACACGAGAAGAGUGGUAGUGUACCUCAUGUAGUAGUAGCGACUCAUUCUGAACCGACGAUUGAGAAGAAGGAACAACCAAAAGCCCCGGUCAAGAGCAGCUCCGAUUCGACCGUAGACAAGAAAGAAAACCACUUGCCCUUGUAAGACUUUUGUGAAAAUUCGAAGAGAAUUUUUUGUGAAAAUGUUUAUGAUUCGUUUGUUCUUUUUUAGGUAAAUUUAAUAUUUAUAUUUUUGAUAUACAUAAAAUUUAAUUUUUGAGAAGGUCUGAAAAUAAAAACCAAAAGCAAA